CGGGGGCGCGGGGCGGGCGUCCGCUGCGGCCGGCAUGGACGGGACGCGGCAGUCAUGACUCGCGCACCGGCCGCUGCCGCCGCCCUCCUCGCCGCAACUAUUGCACUACUCGCCGCGCUCGUCGCAUGCGUGGAGGAGGAAUGCAUCGACUGGGAGGGCAAGUCAGUGCCACACGGGCUACUGUACGUGCCCGGGCCGGGCGUCUGCUCGCUCUGUGUCUGCUACCACUCUGAGCCCAUGUGGUGCAAGGCCAUAUAUUGUGAUCCGCCUUAUUUUUGUAAAAACUUCCGCGUCGGGGAACGAUGUUGCGAAUUCGAGUGCCUAGAUCCGCCCGGCGAGGACACCAGAUACCGCGAGCGGCAGCGUCUUCGGGCACUGAUCUUAGCAGGGAACUCGUCAGCACCACACGUUGCCCCGUCGUUGGAACUUAAAGCCGGCAUCUCUCUUCUAGCUGUUGCCGUCGUCAGAUUCGUAUGAGACCAGCUAUAGAAUAACAAAUGUGAUUCACAAUUCUAUGAUCUUUAAACCAACUGAAAAUAAAAAGACGUGUUCAGCAAACUCGCAAAAUGUGAACGAAAUAAUUGGCAGUCUUGAAACUUUAUGUCUAUAUAAACUUCCAGCGCUUAUCUCAAAUUUAUGAUAAGUCUGAAUACAAAAAUCAUUUCUUCGAGAUAUCCA